CCGUUUGAUAUUCAAAGUGCUGCAUACUGUGACAGCAAGUCAUUCACAGCAACAAAGCAAGUUUGUACAGAAACGUCAGCGCGUGGCAAAACUGACCGAACAUGAAAUAUCUUCCGCUUCUUCUUCUGCUCCUCAUCCUCCAGAACCACAAGGUCCAUAUGGACAGGACUGAGAGGAACCAGGACUGUGCUUGGAGUUGUUCUGAGGGUCUACAGUGUAAACCCAGAGCUUACUCUCCACUGUCAGCAUUUCACUGCAGGAAUCAGGCUGUUAGCAGCGCCGUGUUCAAUAAUGUGAUGUUGUCUACUGUGUUAGCGUGUGAGGGGAGGAAAUGUUCACUCCAGCUCAAAAUCGCAGCAUCAGUGAAUGUUACUGGUGAUAUUCGUGGAGUUUCAGUGUGUGCCGACUCUGCAGGGAUGAUAGGACAUUGCCAGAUUUAUACCUUUGGCCAUGUUGGCAAAGGAAAAGCCACAGGAAAACAGGUUGAUGUGCAGUUUAAGUGUGUUCCUGUUAGACCUGGACAGCUUGUUUUUGUGACUCUCAAAACGAUUCCCAACUACUGUAAGGCUUUGUGGACACAAAGACACCUUGUUCCCGAAUGCAGUCAUGAAGGUAUCAGAGAUGAAAUUACAGAGUGCAUCACUGGGAAGCUGGUGUACACUGUAGAUAAAGCCAGGAAUAUGUUAACAGUGAAAGUAACUGAUGCUCCUGAGAACACAGAUUACAACCUCAGGCUCUGCCAUAAACGCAAUAUCAUCUGUGCAGGGGAAGGGGCACACAGAACAAUAAAACCACAAUAUCUAGAGAGUAGCAUAACGCUUCAUUAUUCCAAACCAUUGCCCUGUUUGUGCAUUGAGGGUUGGCCUGCUAGAGUAGAUGCACGGAGAGUUCAAGUGUGUCCAUUUAAAAACAAUUUAGAAGAACUGUGGUCUGGGAUAACCCAUGACCUCAACAAGGAAGAGUUGAUAUGGGAGCCGCUGUGUCCUGUCAAAGUGUCAGUUUCUCUGUGCCAUGCCGAUGGAGGGAAAAGCUGCCAAGACCUUGGAAAUGUUUUUCAUUCAGAGGGGCAAAAAGUGAUAUUCUCCUCUGUGGAUCCACACCCAAUGCUUUGCACAAAGUUUACCACUGAAGUGGGGGCAUGGAUAAAGUGUCCUUUUGCCAAAGGAAAUUUCUCAGUCUGGACAGCAAAGAUUACAUCCAAAGAUGGUCAGCAGUGGGCAGAGAUUUCAACAUGGGUCAAAGCCAGCUUCUCCAUUUCUGUCUGUGAGAUGAAACCCUCCCCUCAGUGUAAACAAAUCGAGGGACAGAAAUUCCAAACCCUUUCUGUGGACAAAAUGAAGCACACAGUUUUCAACUUGUCUAAAAGUGCAUGCGAAGUGUGUGUCUGCAUCAAGGUCCAGAGGGUAGAUGUGCGCUUUUCAGUCCCUGUACUUCAGUGCGACUUGCAGUGUUCAAGUUCGUGUCGUGUCCCGGAGAGAAGUCAGGACAUUGAGAAGAUUUUAUUGCCUGCUCUCAUUAUUCUGACAGUGAUCCUGGCGGCUGUCUCGUUUGGUAGAAUGACAAUAAAAGAUAAGAAGAGAACACCAUGGACGAAACUCAGAUGUCUGAGGAUGAACCAGUGACACCUGCCUUCACAGCAAGAGGAUAGAUUGUAGGAUAGUUCUCAAUAAAGCAUGUAUGUCUUUUUUUUAAUUUCUUUUUUUUUACUGUAAGGACUGAAGCGUUUGCAUAAUUUUUUGUCUUGUCUGAUGCACACAUGAAAGUUGUAACAUCUGAGUAAUGUAUUUAAAUACAUCUAAUGCAAGCUUAUUUUAAAAUAAUGCAACAACUGCUUUAAGAGUUUAUAACACGCAAUGUA